AUGAUAACUUGUUCAUGUUCAGUAGACGUGACCGUCUAAAAACUGUAAUGAGGACACUCUACUUCACACUCUAUUGAGCGAAUGGAAAAUUGCUUAUACUAGCCCAUAUAUGAAUAAUUGGAGUGGCUGAAUACAGGUGAUUGUUCUUGGUCUAGGCCUCAAUUGAUGGAUUGUUAUUUUAAAUUUUCAUUGAAGUGUUCAACAGAAAUAUUUGAGUAAAUUAGCGCAGAUGUUUAUUACUUCAAUUGGCUGAUGAUUCCCAGGUGAAACCUCUGGACACUGUGAACUUAACGAGAUGGAACAAAAGUACUAUCAUCAUACUUUCAAAUACUGGACUACAAUUUCAUGAACCACUGAUGCAAUACAUUUACAUUUUAAACACUAAGAAGUGUAUUAACUGAAUAUUUUGAAUCACAACUGAAAAAUAUUAUAAACUAAAUUUGACAUAAUUAGACAUCGGUGUGAUAAAAUAAAACAAUGUCAGCUUUGAAAGGAUGGAUCCCUAAAGGAAAGUAUAGACUGAUCGUGCUCCUGUUGAUGUGGAUUAUUCUGUUUCAGAUAUUCAUAUUUGGUCUUAUUGCAUCAAAUCUAACACAUUCUCAUGCUGUAAACCAUAGCAAUAAAGAUGUAACACUAGCAAGAGGAGAGAUGAUGUCAAAUGAUGCAAAAGACAAAAACGACAGAAAGGACAAUAAUUCAAAUUGGGAAAGUACUAAUAUUAAUGAUGAGGCGAACGAUUUAAAAAUGCAAUUUGGAGAAACAAGAAGCAAAACAAAAAUCAAUGAUGAUACUCUAAAACAAAUAUUAAAAAUCCUUAAACGAUUGAAAUCUGAAAAAGUAGAAAGAUAUAAUAGUGCCAAUGAUAAUAAUGAGAGCACUAUCCAAAAACAUUUUGCUAGUAAUACAGAUAUAGAUGAACAUCAACUCAGAGUUGACAGAAUGCUGAGGAAGGUACAUGCAAUUUGGAAUGGGACAGAUACCUAUGUAGCCAACCAUAGAAGUCUAAAAGUAUGGGAUAGAGCUAAGAUACAUGAUGCGGUUAUUAGUCCACAUGACUAUACAUACUUGAUCAAUGAACCAAACAUAUGUAAAGAUGAUCUGUUUCUGUUGGUUUACGUUUAUACUGCUCCUUCAAAUGCCUAUCAAAGGAAGGUUAUUCGAGAAACAUGGGGGAAAGUAUCCCUAUAUUCAUCUCUAGGGGUUGUCAUAAGGGUAGUUUUCCUUCUUGGAAAAACACAUAUUGAAACAGUCCAAGAAAGUAUAACACAGGAAAGUAAAAUAUAUCAUGAUAUUGUACAGGAAGAUUUUAUAGAUGCUUAUGAGAAUUUAUCCCAUAAAGGAAUCAUGGGAUUAAAAUGGGUGACAAAGUUUUGCCGAAAUACAAAAUUUGUCUUAAAAAUUGAUGAUGAUGUCCUUGUGAACAUGUUUAAACUCAUCACACAACUUAAGAAUAUGAUCUCAUCCGGAGAAUCUUCUGAGAAAAUUAUACGAGGAAACGUCUGGGCAAAUGGUAUAAUGCCAGUUGUUAGAGAAAAGGGUACUACACUUUAUGUUUCCCCUGAGGUAUACCCAAAUGAGAACUAUGGGGAAUACUGCUCAGGAGCUGCUUACCUGUUGACCCAGCCAGCAGUUCGAGCUAUUUACAAAAAAUCACUAUAUGUGCCAUAUAUUCAUAUAGAAGAUUACUACAUAACAGGCCGUAUAGCAACUUUAGCGGGUGUAACUAGGAAAAAAUUUGACAAUACAACACAAGCUUAUCUUCUUUUUGAUGAAUAUUUUCUACUAAUGUAUCAAUCUGACGCAAGUGACUCAUUGAUUUUUGGACUAUCAUCAAAUAUAAUGUAUGUUCCACAAGCUUGGCAGCGUAUUUUGUUGAGACAUUCACAAGGGGUUUACUAAAUACAGUACAAGAUAGAGGCUUCAACUAUAUUUCAGUUAUACUAAGUAUACAGUGUAUGUUUUUCAUAAAUCUACAACUUAAAAGGGCGAACCUGAUAUAUAAGGUAUCAACUAUGUUAAAGACGUACUAGACAUAUUCUGCAUUAAUCUACAACUUACAAGGUGAACUAGACAUGUUUUGCAUGAAUCUACAACUUACAAGGUGUACUAGACAUGUUUUGCAUGAAUCUACAACUUACAAGAUGUACUAGACAUGUUUAGCAUGAAUC